AUGACGUCUCACAUACUCCGAAACACUCGAUUAUACACUCGCCAGCUCAAUGAGCAGGAGAUGGAUAUACUCGCAGCCUGGCUCGAGACACUCGAUCCGGUUAAUCCCGGUGAAGAAGCAGCUGAGAUCACUGUCGUGUUACACCACUCUUUAAGACAGAACAAUAGAGCCAACGCGUCAUCCGGCAAUCACAAAACUCCACCACAAACCUCUGUUACUUUUACUCCACCUCAUCAUCCUAAAUCUCAUACAGGAUCACAAAAUGGAUUUGGCAACAACUCUACUAGCUAUGCAGCGACGACGAGAUCUGAAGGUAACAGUUCUCCUGAUUGGAAGUCCAACUCCCGACAGAUCAAAAGCUUCAGACCCCCUCCAAUUUUUAUACCUGGAAUGCCAAACUUGCCACAAGUGAAAACAUACAGCAACACGGAAAGUAUUGAUGAACGAAUCUCGCCAGAGAUGGCCAGAAUGAAGAAUUAUGGUACGACUCCUGUAACGGCCAUUCGUACACACUGCCCCCCAUCAGUGUUAUCGAACGAUAUGACAAAGAACGGCGUACAAAGCGUUUCGAACAGUUCUGAUCCUCCAACACGUCAGAAUGAAAGGUUAGACUCUAGAGUGGCAAAUUGGAUAAGAAAUACGUCUUCAAAUUCUUCUUAUCUCGGACAUCAAUCUCAAAAGAAUCCCUCCAAGGGUACUUCUACCUUACCAGCCAAGCUUCAUGAUCCUGCAAAUGAUCCUGCGAUUCUAGCAUUAAUGACGGCAGUUGUUGAAGAGAAAAAGGUUGAAGAGGCUAGAACGUCCCCGCGUCUAAUGGGGAGUUCGGAACGUGUCAUCUAUGCCUCUUCAAACUCAAGUACGAGCUCUCGGGAUCGAAGAGUACCUGCUAGUAGUCGACCGAGAGGGUACCCAUAUCUCAAGAGCGACCUGCAUCGAGAUACUGGCAGACUCGGAAUGUAUCAAUCCGAUCUACCAUUGACGUACUCUCAUAUUUAG